UAUCUGGGCUGGAAUCUAUGCAGCCAAGACAGAAGGAUACCGCGCUUUAGGAACUUUUUGCCAUGCUCCACGUGCCACCUCCACUCAUGGAUAGAGCAGCAAUGCAUACAGCGUGGACAUACAGGCGAGGUGGGUGUUCGGUUAUUGAACGUGGAUCACGUAUACGUCCAGAACGUUCUCAUCGUAGAAAUGUGCAGAAACUUACUUGGCAAACAUCAAACUGGGUGAAGGGAUUUUCUGAUGAUUGUGAUAGUCGAGUCAGCAGCAUGACCAUUGCAGAUGUUAGCCCAGGUGUGGCUAUACGACGUGUACUUCUCUUGUACGAAAAUGUACAGUAUCGGGAGGCUGCCAAUUUCAUCAAUAGGUUGAAUUAUGCAACUUUUAAAGCCAUUCUUGGCGAGUUACCAAUUGAUGUCUUCGUGGAGGCCAUCCCUCACAGCCUUCCUAUACUGGAAGCAUUGUAUGCUAAAGUUUUCCUUUCUGAUGGACUUAACUUUUCUAUUAAACUAUUGAGACCGGAUGGUGUUGUGAUGCAGAUGGUGCGAUUGUUUGCACAGCAAGAUGAAUCAGCGAAAUGUCUUCGAGAAAAAUUGGAUCAUAGUCAUCCAUUUGUAGCAUCGUGUAAGAAAUUAUUAAAGGUAAUUAUACUUUCUGAACCGCAAAUGAAGAAAAUUCUGUAUACAAGAAAGCGAGCUUUAGAUAAAGCUAUUAAAGGAAUGGGACAACAUGGACUGGUUGGAACCUCAGACGAUACAUUAAUGAAUCUACACGAAGCUUUGAAACUUGAAUUUGAGCGUGUGAUACAUCGUUAUAAAAUCGCAGUCCAAAAAUUGGACGAACUGAGUUUGACACCUAAACAACCUGUUACUAGAUCCAUAUCCUAUGGACCAGCACCCAUCAAAGCGAGCCAUCAAAGACAACUGAGCUUGAGACAGGAUGAGAUACAAGAAAGACUGAUUAAAAAUAAAACACUGUUAAACGUGGUGGAACCGACAUUAACAAAUCAUUCUUUAGAGAUUCUUCUUGGAAUUUUACAAAAGAGAAUCGAUUUUGAUAAAGAUGUACUGUUUCAAUUCACUCAAUUGAGAAAAGAAGUGAAGGAUGUCAACAGCAAUGCCAUUGUUGCACCAGUAUUAAUGAGGUUUUCUCAAGGUUGCGAUCAUGUUUUAGAAUUGAUGAGAGAAUUUGCUGAUGACGAUGAUUACAGUAGCAGCGAUAUAUCCGGCUAUCACAGUGAUUCCGAUUCUGCCAUUGCUCUUAGCGGAAGUUCACCAUUUGCUGCUGGUACAAGAGGUUACAAUAUAUUAUAUCGUUCGGGUAAGUCAAUUUUAAUAUAUAGUUUAAAAUUAAAGCUAAGAAUUAAUAUUAUAAAACAGGAGGGAAAAAGGUAAGCCAUUUAAAUAUCUUUUUAAAACAAUAUUCUAAUUUAAAUAUUUAUGUGCUGAUAAGUAAAAUUUAGAGUUGAGGCACUUCCCGUUUAAUGA